CAUGAAACAUCGACAGUGCGGCAAAAUUUUGCCGCGUGUCCAGUGGAUUCAUGUCUGCCGGUGGGCGAAACAAGACGGAAGACCUCCUGGCAGCUUUUCGAAAGAAGAUUGCCGACCGGAUAGAUAAGGGGGAGAGAAAAGCGGUUCAUGCUUCCAACAACAACGACCCUGACGAUGUUCCGGACGAAUCCAAGAGGAUCCGUAAGGCCAAACUGGAACCAGGCCCAAAGAGGCACGCUCCGUCUCCGGAAGACGGGCCGUCUUCCGGUGACGGCUAUAGCGCCGGUUCUUUGCGCAACCCCGACGAGAGGAAGCGCAAACUCCUUGAUGGCCCUCUGGAACCAGGCCCAAAGAGAGGUCCUUCCCCAGAAGAUGGUCCGGAGAGCGUGGGUCACUUGCGCAACCCGGAAGAGAGGAAGCGCAGACUCCUGGAUGGCCCCUUGGAACCUGAGCCACAAGCUCAGGUGCGCCGCCAGCGCAGCUUCAAGAAAUACGAGGAGCACGACCGCCGAGAGGAGACAGCCAGACGCGAGCGUGAUGCAGGGCUCAGAGAGCCGAGAAAUGCGAAAAAACCGAGCCCUGUGGACUCCAAGGAUCGUUUGGGGCGAGGUGGCAGGCUCGCAGAGAAGCGAGCGCCAAAGGAAGUGCAGAAGGCCAAGGGUCGAGAUAUGGCCUCCCAUGGGACAUUUUCGCGACCCAGAACGGUCAAGGUGAGCAACAUUCCGGAGGGUUUGGAAUGGCGCUACAUCAAGGAACUCUUUGAGAGCGCGGCGGGGAAGGUGAUUGAAGGGCACUUGGAAGACAACGGCGUUGCUUGGCUCACCUUCGAGAAACCUGAUGCUGCUUCAGAAGCGCAUUUUGAGUUCGAUGGAGGAGAAUUGGCGGACCAACCCAUUCGGGUGGAACUCAUUGAUGAUGAUUGAGGGCGAGCGUUGCGCUGAAAAGUUUCGCCUUGGUUUGGCUUUUCC